AAAUCAAUGAAGUGUGUGGAAUAGACAAUGUGGCAUAGACUUAGGUCAGCUGACUUCAUUUCUAUCACUGGUCUUGUGAUAAGUUGUGAUCCUCCGCCAUUCUCGGUCCGUCUUCUCCAUCUUUCUCGUCCCGAAGAAUUAAUAAUAAUUCACCAUGGCUAGAGCGCUCACCGGGGGUGGCUUGAGGACGAUCGCCGAUGAAGAGAUCGAGGAGAGGUUCGGCUUCGUAUUUGCCGUAUCCGGUCCCGUCGUCACGGCGGAGAAGAUGUCCGGAUCGGCUAUGUACGAGCUGGUGCGUGUCGGAUACAACGAGCUGGUCGGAGAGAUCAUCCGUCUGGAGGGUGACAUGGCCACCAUCCAGGUAUACGAGGAAACCUCAGGUGUAACCGUGGGUGACCCCGUACUCCGUACCGGCAAGCCCCUGUCCGUGGAGUUGGGCCCCGGUAUCCUGGGCUCCAUCUUUGACGGUAUCCAGCGUCCCCUGAAGGACAUUAACGAGCUCACACAGUCCAUCUACAUCCCCAAGGGUGUGAACGUACCCUCUCUGGCUAGGGAUGUCAGCUGGGAAUUCGUUCCCAUGAAUGUUAAGACGGGCUCCCACAUCACCGGAGGAGACCUGUACGGUCUGGUGCACGAGAACACGCUGGUGAAGCACCGCAUGCUGAUCCCGCCCAAGGCCAAGGGUACCGUCACAUACAUCGCGCCCGCUGGCAACUACAAAGUCACUGACGUAGUGCUGGAGACAGAGUUCGACGGCGAGAAGGAGAAGUACACGAUGUUGCAGGUGUGGCCGGUGCGCCAGCCGCGGCCCGUCACCGAGAAGCUCCCCGCCAACCAUCCGCUGCUCACCGGACAGAGGGUGCUCGACUCACUCUUCCCUUGCGUCCAGGGUGGUACAACUGCCAUCCCCGGAGCUUUCGGUUGCGGCAAGACUGUCAUCUCGCAGGCGCUGUCCAAGUACUCCAACUCCGAUGUCAUUGUGUACGUCGGGUGCGGAGAGCGUGGUAACGAGAUGUCAGAAGUACUGCGUGACUUCCCCGAGCUGACGGUGGAGAUCGAGGGCGUGACGGAGUCCAUCAUGAAGCGAACUGCCCUCGUCGCCAACACCUCCAACAUGCCUGUCGCCGCCCGAGAGGCUUCCAUCUACACUGGUAUCACUCUAUCCGAGUACUUCCGUGACAUGGGUUACAACGUGUCCAUGAUGGCUGACUCCACGUCCCGUUGGGCCGAAGCCCUGCGUGAGAUCUCGGGUCGCCUGGCGGAGAUGCCGGCCGACUCCGGCUACCCCGCAUACCUGGGCGCUAGGUUAGCUUCCUUCUACGAGAGAGCCGGACGCGUCAAGUGUCUGGGUAACCCCGACAGGGAAGGUUCCGUAUCCAUCGUGGGUGCCGUAUCUCCCCCCGGAGGUGACUUCUCUGACCCUGUAACUGCGGCCACGCUGGGUAUCGUGCAGGUGUUCUGGGGCCUGGACAAGAAGCUGGCGCAGCGCAAGCACUUCCCGUCCAUCAACUGGCUCAUCUCCUACAGCAAGUACAUGCGAGCCCUCGACGACUUCUACGACAAGAACUACGUCGAGUUCGUGCCUCUUAGGACUAAGGUCAAGGAGAUCCUGCAGGAGGAGGAGGAUCUGUCAGAAAUCGUGCAGCUGGUCGGCAAAGCGUCACUCGCCGAGACCGACAAGAUCACCCUCGAGGUCGCCAAGCUGCUCAAAGACGACUUCUUGCAGCAGAACAGCUACUCGGCGUACGAUCGCUUCUGUCCGUUCUACAAGACGGUGGGCAUGCUGAAGAACAUCAUCGCGUUCUACGACAUGUCGCGUCACGCCGUGGAGUCCACCGCGCAGUCCGACAACAAGGUCACGUGGAACGUCAUCCGCGACGCCAUGGGCAACGUGCUCUACCAGCUGUCAUCCAUGAAGUUCAAGGACCCCGUGAAAGAUGGCGAGGCUAAGAUCAAGGCAGAUUUCGACCAGCUGCUCGAGGACAUGGCGGCCGCGUUCCGCAACCUCGAAGACUAGACCCGCACACUGUAACAUAAUGUCGUACAAUGUACUACGCAGACGCGUAUUGUUAAUACACUAAUAGAUGUCUUGUCUACGUAGUGUGAAUAGGUUUAAUUAUAUUAUUACUCGUAUUUCAAUGCAGAAUUCGUGAUUCCAAUUGUUGAAAUCUGUCGUCGGCGGCCGAUCGGCGGAUCCCCACAACUCUUCAUUUGUAAAUAUACGAACAAAUGCCGCCGGCCCGCCGCGACUACAGUUAAUUAGUUGUUAUUUAUAUAAAAUAUAUACUAUUUAUACACUAACAAUGAAUUAUUUUAUGCCCGUUUGUAUUUCGCGUGUUAUAAAAGUCAUAAUAUCGAGUACCCUCUUGCAUUCCACGUUAUUAUUAGAGUUUUAAUCGAAGUAACAUGUAUUUGUUGAAAAAUAAUAGCUACAGUUUUUUACGCUUUUCGUGUCUCGAUAUCAGUGUUACCAGCAUUUUGAUGUAUCGGAAAUGUAUAAGAGUUCAGUAUUAUGUUUACUUUGAUAGUUCUCGCUGUAGCUAGCGGCGUCUGUACAAACAAUCAUGCGAUAUAAUAACGUAUAUUACUUGCUGUUUGAACCUCUGUGACGUUUGUUGAGGAGACGAAAGUUAUAAAUAAAUAAAUAUUAAAGUGUA